AUGGAGCUUACUCUGGUCGGGCUGCAAUAUUCCGGGAAAACAACUUUUGUUAACGUCAUAGCCUCGGGGCAAUUCAGCGAAGACAUGAUACCGACAGUUGGUUUCAACAUGCGGAAAAUUACCAAAGGGAAUGUUACAAUUAAGGUGUGGGAUAUCGGUGGCCAGCCAAGGUUCCGCUCGAUGUGGGAAAGGUAUUGCCGUGGAGUCAACGCCAUUGUCUACAUGGUGGACGCGGCGGACCCGGACAAGAUCGAGGCGUCGCGCAACGAGCUGCACAGCCUGCUGGAGAAGCAGCAGCUGACCGGGAUCCCGGUGCUGGUGCUGGGGAACAAGCGGGACCUGCCGCACGCGCUCGACGAGCACGGCCUCAUCGAGCGAAUGAACCUGUCGGCGAUCCAGGACCGCGAGAUCUGCUGCUACUCGAUCUCCUGCAAGGAGAAGGACAACAUAGACAUAACGCUGCAGUGGCUCAUCGCGCACAGCAAGUCUGGCAGCGCGCGC